GAGGCUCUCAGCGCUUAUGCGUCACUUGAUCUACAGUCUGUGAUCAUGGCGGAACCGGAGCCACCUCUGAGCGAAGCGGAGCCGCAACUUGUCAACGGGGACGGUAUGAACGAAGAGCCGGAGGACGCAGCAGACACAUCGGAGAGCGUCAAGAAAAGGAGAAAAAAGAAGAAAAAGAACAAGACUGCAGGGUUAGCAGGGGCGAAUGAAGCUGAAGGGGAUGGAGAAGCCGGAGGUUUCGGUGAUGUUACAAAACAGUUGGAGCAGCAAACUCUGGACGACAAAGAGCGAGAGGAAGAUGGAGAAGAAGAUGGAGAUGAGGCAGAGAGUUCAACCUCCAAGAAGAAAAAGAGGAAGAAAAAGAAGAAAGGAUUGAAGGGACAGACUGACCCUCCCUCAGUCCCUAUUUGUGAGCUCUAUCCCAACGGAGACUUUCCAACAGGAGAGGAGUGCGAGUACCCCCCAUCAAAAGACGGGCGCAGUGCAGCAUGGCGGACCACCAGCGAAGAGAAGCGCGCUCUAGACCGGGCCAAUGAGGAGAUGUGGAGUGACUUUAGGCAGGCAGCAGAGGCACACAGGCAAGUCCGUGCCUACGUGAGGAGCUGGAUCAAACCUGGGAUGACAAUGAUUGACAUCUGUGAGAAGCUCGAGGAUUGCUCUAGAAAACUCAUCAAAGAGGACGGGCUGAGGGCUGGUCUGGCCUUUCCCACCGGCUGCUCCAUAAACCACUGUGCUGCCCAUUACACGCCCAACGCUGGAGACCCCACUGUCCUGCGCUACGAUGAUGUCUGCAAAAUUGACUUUGGGACACACAUAAACGGUCGAAUAAUAGACUGUGCCUUCACCGUCACUUUCAAUCCAAAGUACGACCGGCUGCUGGAGGCGGUGAGAGACGCCACCAACACAGGCAUCAAGUGCGCUGGGAUCGAUGUGCGCCUGUGCGAUGUGGGUGAGACCAUUCAGGAGGUCAUGGAGUCCUAUGAAGUGGAGAUAGAUGGAAAAACAUAUCAAGUGAAGCCAAUCAGGAAUCUCAACGGACACUCUAUCGGACCUUACAGGAUACACUCAGGGAAAACUGUCCCUAUUGUCAAAGGAGGAGAGGCAACAAGGAUGGAGGAAAAUGAAGCUUACGCCAUUGAGACAUUUGGGAGCACAGGAAGAGGUGCUGUUCAUGACGACAUGGAGUGCUCCCACUACAUGAAGAACUUCAACGUGGGACAUGUGCCAAUAAGACUCCCAAGGGCUAAACACCUGCUCAACGUCAUCAACGAGAACUUCGGGACACUGGCCUUUUGUCGCCGCUGGCUGGACCGUCUGGGCGAGAGCAAGUACCUCAUGGCGCUGAAGAACCUGUGUGACCUGGGCAUCGUGGACCCCUACCCCCCCCUGUGUGACAUCAAGGGCAGCUACACAGCCCAGUAUGAACACACCAUCCUCCUCAGGCCAACGUGCAAAGAGGUGGUGAGCAGGGGAGAGGACUAUUAAAGGUGCAUUGUAUAACUUUUCUGGUGGAGGGUCUGUCAAAUACUUUUCUCCAUUUAGAUGUUAUUAUUUUGUCUGGAGCGUUUUACAGUAUGGUAUUAAGCCUCUAUCACCAUGGAGACCAAACACAAGAAGAGGCAAAACUGUUGACAGUCAGAAUGUCUGUUUUUCUAGGUAUUUUUGAGCUAUAAAACCACGUAUAAUUGAAUAAAUGCAAGGUAGAUCUGUUUAUUGUCAUGCUGUGGAACAUUCUAGGCAGAGCAAUGACAAUCCAUAGAAAUAAGCAGGUGAUGAACUCCCAACCAAAAAGUUACAUAGUGCACCUUUAGAGCAUGCAGUUACACAAGCAAGAGGCAAGAUGUCCCAAAAUUUGAUGAAAAUAUGCAACAUGGAUUUCCAGUGCUUUUUAAUCAAGAAAAUGGCUGAUGUCAAACAGUUAAGCCCAAAAUGAUUCAUACCCUGUUUGAAUUUUGAGUUGUUGUUUUUUUUUUUUAUCUGAUUCAGGAAGAAAUAAGUCAACUGAGUGGAAAAUGGCAAUGUGCGAAAUGAGUUUUUUUUUUUUGGUCUUUCUUUACGUUUUGCUCUUUCCACUUAGAAUUGUGUGUGCUUUUCUGCUUAGAUGUUCGGAGGAUGUCAUUACUCCAUUUUUUUCUGUCAUAUUUCUAAAAUUGUUCAGGUUCAGGUCUGGACUCUAAAUCCUAUAAGAAACUUAUACCUUAUUUGUGUAUAUUUAGGUUGUUGUACAAAGCCAUGUGUUGAAUUAUACAUUUGGGCAUAACUGUAGCUUCUUAGUAGUAUUUAUUUGUUUAAGUUAAAACAUAAGGGCAUAUCUAAAGAAAUUAAUUGUUGCAAUUUUCUUUUCACUUUUUUGUGCUGCUUAAAAUAUGCAAGAAAAUGAUAUGCAAAAAUAUGCAAAAAAGUGUUUGUCAAAAAACUAAAAUGCUCUGCUGAAUUGCCUUGUUAAUAAGGAAUUAAGCUGCCAUGAAAUGUUUAUAUUUCUACAUUUCUUUGAAUUUAAGUUUUAAAAUAA